AUGAGACACAGAGUUACAUUCAUACAUUCGUUAACACCAGAGGAGCAAGUGGUUGAAACACUCGAUGAAAAACACGUCACCCUUAGUGAUGGUUUUAGUGUCGCUCGUGAAGACAGAUACACGUUCACCGCUCCAGACUACAAGAAUGUGAGGGCUUUGCGAGUUCACAUAAAUAAGGGAUACGAGGCAUCCACCGAGUCGCUGCCCUUUUCGUACAGUUACCAAAUAGGUCUGCACUUCUACGUGAGGCCGGUUGCAAUUACAUCUCUCGAGGAAAGAGAAGAAUUUUACACUAAUAGCGCUAGGUUGAUCAGUGAUUAUUUCGGCGUGAAGCCAGAGAGCCAGACCUGGAUCCCAUCGCUUGGUACGUUGUAUGUUCAUGUCCAAGAGCCCCUUAAUAUGUCGUUCACGACUGUCAAUGAGGAAUUAUCGGAACUCAAAGACGAUUGGACAUGUUUGGAUUAUCACACUUCCGACAAUACUGCCUCAUUGAAAUUAUUUUACCCAGAAGCUAGAGAGCGCACUGUGAAUGUCACGAAUUGCACUGAUUUCACAGAAGUAGGUAUAUUUUCAGUGGACCAGCAGUCGGCAAGAGAUGAUCUUGUGCUCUCUGGAGCCCGUGUCGUGUUCAAUGACGCACCUGAUGUGGACUUGGUUCAGAAAACUCUAUUUCAUGUCAAACCAAGACAUAGAAUGACCGAAGAAAUGUCGAUCGAGUACCAAAAGAAUGGCUUGCAUCCAGUUCUUUCAUUUGGAGAGGCACCUCAGCAUCCGGUAGACGAGGAUAUCAAGGGAUGCAUCCUUUACUCAUACUUCACGCUAGGGAAAUCGAUAUUUCUUGAUCCUUAUCAGAUCCCCCUGGGCUUCAAUGUGUUAGCAAACUACGGAACAAAAGAUUUGGAACUACCGGAAUACGCUGUAAAGCAAUGGGGAAACGAGAUCCUUGUCGAGCAUAAUAAUACUGGUGCAUUUCCAUUUGAUUUGACUUUGCAUACUCGUUAUCAAUUACCUUCUGAAAGUUCACACAAAAGUGUACUUCUUGAAAAACCGGUCGUGUUUUACGCUUGUGAAGGUCAAGUGGAUUCGUACUUAUUGAACAAUUCACCUUUCGACAACAAAAAAUCGCCGGGCUGCAGCUUCGAGAAGUUUUUCACAGACGACACCAUAUUCUAUCAUGUACUGCAACGCGGUGCUUUUACUGUCGAUAUACCAAGUCCAUCACAAGAUUUCAAAAUUGUCAACAUUACGACUUUCACUGCCCUACUUUUGGGAGUUAGCAUCAUCAUCUACAAACUUUUCGGCAGAAAUCUGAAGGUUCCCAAGGAUAAGAAAGAACUAUAG